AUGGCCUCCACCCCCCCCGUUCCGUCUAAAGCCGCGCUCAACGCCCUCCGCGGCGUCCUCUUGACGACCUCGUGCUCCGUUGCCUUCCUCGCCGAGGAGCGCCGCCGCCGGCUCAAGAUUGCUCGCGCGGCGAUUGACAAUGCGAGGAAGCUGCAUACCGUCAAGAGCAACAGGGGCGCCGUUGCGCUGAGCGAGAGCUGGGAUGAUAAGCUUGGGGAUCUUGGAGGCGACGUGCUGUCGCUGCCGGCUGGGACGCGGCCGAAGAGUUCGUAUCGGAAACGACGGCGCGGCAAUGCCUCUACCUUGUUCGCGGCUGGGGGUGGCUUGGAUGGAGUUUUGUCCGAACAGCAUGACACGACUAGGGGAGGCACGACAGCCGAUGGGGAGCAGAGAGAUGACCAAGAGACGCAGAUAUCGAACUUUGGGCUGGAUGCGGUUUCACUACACAAAGAUCACAACUUAACCAUGCGGUCCUCGAGUACACGAAGUGGCUCGCCAUCCUUGCACGAUCUACUACAGAUCGACGCCUCUUCUCCGACCCGGCUAUCUCUAUCAUACACGGCAACACAAGCCACCGAGAUGGACAAGGUUGUAAGGCUUGAGCAGUUGAUUAAAGAGCUAGAAACCAGCCAUUCCUCUCAGACUUUGACGCCCGAAAUGGUAGAUUUGGCCAUCGGCGAGCUGCAGAAGAUACCAAUAUCAAGGCCUGCAACCCCCGGAUCUAGCGGCCUCGUCAGAUCGAGUGGGUUGAGAUUGCUGAGGCUCAUAGUCGACUCUGAAGCGACCAAGACGACCACUGUCCUUGCGGCCCUGCUCCCACACUUCAAAGACCCCAUCCAAGCUCUGUCACCUUUGACAAAAUGGCUAUGGGAGAAGAAGGAUAAGAAGGAGUUCGAGCGACUACUCCAGUUCCUCUCUGACGGCAAGCAAUCGCGAUUCUGGAUGCAGGGCAUGACGAUUUAUCGGGUUCUGUCUGGUCUUGACGAGGUAUUGGGCAGCUUCAAAGACGUCAAACAGCUGUAUCGUCUGCUCCAGAGCGCUGGCUUGUACCAGGCAAUUGCCGCAUCCCCCAACAUCGAGUACAAGAUACGCCGGCUCAUGGUCUCAAAGGCCCUGAAAGCAGGAGACGAUGCUUUUGCUCAGGAGGAAAUGAGCUACCUUUACAAGUUGGACGCAGAUGCGGCAAACGCGGACGUCAAGCUCCAGAGCAGGCUAGUUGUGCGCGAGGCCGCCCUCGGGCAUUGGGAAGCCGUCCGAAAGGGCAUAGAAGCGCUUGAGGAUGCAGGCAAUGCGAAGCCAAGCGAUUUACGAUACAUGAUCAGCAAGAUUACCGACGUAUUUGUGCAAACCUGCUCAUCAGAAGGCCUCGAAGCUUUACUGAGGAGGUUUGUGCGCAGCUACAACAUACCUCUGAGGUCAAGAUGGGUCAAUCUCGUGCUGGACCAGUACGCGAGCCGCCACGAUCUGGACUCGAUGUUCUCAUGGCUGCAAUUCUGUCAAGAUGCCGGAUUCAAGAUGGACGACUCAUUCGUGCAGCGAUUCUACGCUGGAUGUCGCAAAUACUGGAGCUUCUCCAACAAGAACAUUACAAAGUUACACCAGAGCCUCCAAGAGCUUGCACCGGCCACGUCGAAGCUUACGCCAAGCAAGCCUGAAGGAAAGACGCUCAAUGAUACGCCGCCGGCUUCGCUCGAGUCGAAUCGCUGGCUGUCUGAGGCGGAUGCUUUCGAGUGCAUGGAGUGGCUCUCGGCUCAGAACGAGUGGGAGCGUGUCUGUGCGGCGUACAGCCGAUUGUUGUCGAGCGGGUUGAGCAUUUCAGUUCGCUGUCUUCGCCUAGCAGUCUUGGGACAAUUGAAAAGGCCAAAUGGGAGCAUUGACGAGGCGGCAGCGCUUAUUGACGACGCUCGCGGAAGAGGCUACGACGUGACGGAAGCCUUGACCCCUCUUUUACUGGCAAGACUCGAGAAAGGAGACGACGCCGGCGAGUUGAUCAAGCAGGCUCUACGCCGGGGCAGUCGCAUUCACGACAGCGUCUACAACAAGGCGGCACAGAUGCUCUCGGCCAAGGGCGACUUGCACGGAGCUGCCACCAUGUGCGAGGUGGCGGCAAGGGAAAACGGCAACGGAGAGCUCCUGUACAGCGAGUACAACUUUUCCAACCUGGUGUUUGCAUACACGGGCUCGGCCAGCUACAGCGCCUUGAAGUCGAUCCUAUCCAAGUUCACGUCGGAGGUGCAGUGGUGGCGCGGCAGCCGGGCUUGCAAGGAGAGCAUCAAGCUGGCCAUGAAGACGACGGCGAUGCGAGCGGUGGCGGAUGCCAGAGAGGACAAUGACCAUCGGGAUGCGCUGUUCAGGCUUGAUGAAGCGCUCCUCCACGUCAAGAAAUGCCGCUCGACUAGGGAAGAUCGACGAGCGGUGACGGAGGCGUUUAUACGGGUGGUUCGACCUGCGGUUGCGGAGGCCGAGCAGGAUCAUGCCGCGGAUGGGCGCCGGGCGAACCUGGCUACUACUACUACGGGGGACGAGCCGCUGUUGGAGAUGGUGGAGGCGAAGCCGUUUCAGCGAUCGGUGAUGGGGGUUCGCCAGGGACUGGCGGCUGCUGGAGAAGCGUGA